CUGUGGCCAAGAGUCAUGGUAAACCGGAUCUAUUAAAACAUUUCACAGGCUUCAGAACUGUUUAAAACGUUACCGGAUGAUAGGGACAUAAGGGGAGCCCCUCCCCUGCUGGGGGUUGGUUUGGGGUGCAAAGGUCGAUUUUCUGUUUUAAAUCUUUUUUGGCACCCUGUAUGUGUGCUGUUGCCAGACGUAAGUAUUAAAACUUUAUCUAACCUAUAAAUAAGUAAAAGCCUUUUUAAUGAAAGUAUUUGCAAUGAAAGAUAAUCCUGAUAUCACGAUAUCCUUUCGUUGUGUUUCAUUUUACAUAAAUUAGACAUAGAUAAUCAACGUUUUUUACGUUAUUUUUCCAUUCCGUUGCCAAUCAAGGCUUACAACAAAAGCUAGGAAGCAUACACAACAUUAGUAUCAGAUGCCAGUGCUGUCAGGUACAGGGUAAUUACCCUGUUUUAGGGUAAUUUCAAAAUUUUCUAGCUAUCAUCGAUAACUUUGGGGCAUCAGAAACUGGCGGUCCUCCUCCAGUCACGUUCGUCGUAGCUCUGUCAACUGGAAUAUUAUUGCAUCCGUUCGCAAUGGAGUCGACUAAGGAACAAGCAUUAAUACCACAGAGCCUAAUAACUGAAGGUUAUGUCAGGGAAGCACUGAAAGCAGACAAGGGUAGUGAAGCUCUCUUGAGAUCCUGGAAGGUAGUCGAUUUCACCAAGCGUGGGGACAACUAUGCCUGUGUGGUGACAAGCGUGGAGGUCAAAUAUACCAAGAGUGGUGUCCAACAUGAAGUUAGUUAUGUCGUCAAGCUAAAUGCCUGUAGGGCUCCCCAAGGUGGCCCCGACUUUUCACCAGUUAUCUUUGCAAAGGAAGGAAGAUUUUACCAAGAGAUUGUACCAGUGCUGAAUGAAGUGCUUAUUUCGGCUGGUCAAGAGGUCCUUCGGGUUCCAAAGUGCUUCUUUGUUUCUUUAGAAAAUGGGAAGGAGCAACUGUACCUAGAGGAUCUUAGAGCGAGGGACUUCAAAAUGUUUGACAGGAGAAAAGGAAUGGACUAUGAUCAUGCAUCUCUUGUUUUGUCUGAGCUUGCAAGGCUGCACAGUGCUUCUUAUCUGCUUCUGAAGAAAUUAAAGGAAGGGGAAUCCUUAUCGUCGAAAUUUGACUUCAUCUCAGACGAAUAUUUAUUUUCACCUGAUUUUGCACCUGUCUUUGAAUCAUUUAUGAAAUCUAAUGUUGACACGGGUAUAACGAUGUUGGAGGCAAUUGGCGGAUAUGAGAGCAGCGUUGAGUGGCUGAGAAACUUCAAAGAAGAAGUUCCGGAAGUUUGCUCUACUGGUACCCAGAGUGAGAAAUAUACCAGCAUUUGCCACGGUGAUUGCUGGAAUAACAAUGUUCUGUUCAGAUAUAAUGAUGAAGGUCGUCCUGUUGAGCCUAUGUUAGUGGAUCUUCAGAUAAGUCGUGAAGCUUCGUUAGCCUGUGACUUGAAUUACUUUUUAUAUACAAGUCUUACAGGUGACGUCAGGAGACCAAACAUCGAUAAUUUCAUGACCAUUUACUAUUCGUCUUAUAAAGAAGUGCUAGAGGGAGCUGAUGUGCCUAUGUAUUUUGACAAAGGGGAACUCGUGAAGGAAUUCCGAAGCAAGAAUAAACUUGGCUUGCUUUUCUCCAUGGGCAUCAUACCAGCCUUGCUGGCAGAGCCUGAAGAAGCUCCAGAAUUUCUCGACCAAGACCUAGAAAAGUUCAUGCUAGAAAUGAAAAAAGUAGCCUUCAGUUUGCUCAAAACAAAUCCUUUGUGCAAGCCUCGUUUUUUGUCUAUCUUUGACGAAUUUUUGGAAUCAGGACUGAUUUCUUGAGUAGUGUUAAUUGUAUUGCCUCGUAGUUUCUCCAGAGUAGGUCCUUGUAUAUAGAUUUUUGUUGUUGAAUAAUCUAUUUUUUAGUUGCAACGGUAUUGUUCCUCACUUUCAGGACACAGCAUGGAGGUGUUACAGGAUAUACAAUUGUGCUGUGAUUCUUAACUAAGAUGUUCUGAGGCUCGUGUACCAGUGCCAUUUUAGUCAUUCUAAGCAGUCCUCAAAAUGUAAGAUAUUGACUUUUGAUAUGCUUGAAAAUACCCUACUACAUAAAAUCUAAGUACUUCAAUGAAAUCGAUUUAUACCUUUACCUUUAUUAUUUUUAAAAGCGGUUUUAUACAGUGAAGAUUGUUCUGAAUUUGGAAAUAAAAAUUCUUGAGGUAA